AUGAGUGCGAGUGAAAUGAGAGCAGCUUCUGAGAGGGUUGGUGAAGAACGUAAUAGCCUGCCAAGUGUGAGGAAUCAAGUGGACAUACAAGUGGGUUUGAUAGGUGAUGCGCAAGUUGGGAAGACCUCCCUGAUGGUCAAGUACGUUCAGAAUAUUUUUGAUGAGGAGUAUACACAGACACUCGGUGUCAACUUUCUGAAAAGGAAAGUAAGUAUACGAUCUACUGAUAUUGUGUUUUCACUUAUGGAUCUUGGUGGUCAACGUGAAUUUAUCAACAUGUUACCAAUUGCCACCUUAGGCUCCUCAGUUAUAAUAUUAUUAUUUGAUCUAACACGACCGGAAACAUUGAACUCUAUAAAGGAAUGGUACAGACAAGCCUUAGGGUUGAACGACUCUGCAAUCCCAAUCUUGGUGGGUACGAAGUAUGAUUUAUUUAUUGACCUUGAGGAGGAAUACCAAGAAAAAGUCUCUAAAACAAGUAUGAAAUAUGCACAAGUUAUGGAUGCACCACUCAUAUUCUGUUCUACUGCCAAAUCCAUAAAUAUUCAGAAGAUAUUCAAAGUUGCAUUGGCGAAAAUAUUUGAUUUAACACUGACAAUUCCAGAGAUCAAUGAAAUUGGGGAUCCACUAUUGAUAUAUAAGGAAUUGGGAUCAAAAAAGAACAAAUCAAAGAAUAGUAGUAAGCCCAGAAGGCGAAGUCCUGUAGAUAAUGAAAAUAAAGAGCUAGUCUCACAGCCCCAUAAUUACGGUCACACAUCUGAAUAA